AUGGAAAUCCUCCGCGAGGCCCCCAAACUCUCGUCAUUUGUGCCCCUCGUCGAGCACCAAUCCGCAACGCCUGUGUCCUUCCAUUCUGGCCCACCAGUCCUCCAUUACUACAGUGACCGGAGCAAGGUGAUAGUCCUGGAGCAAGAGCUAGAGUCUGCACCGGCCUUUGCACCUUUGUUUGCCGCAGCAUCCGCCCACCAAGAAGAGAAUGGAACACAGACAAAUGGAAACGAUUCGGCACAACACCGACAAAAAGUGGUUGAAGAUGUGGACAUUUGGGUGACUUCCGACAAACUAUUCGUCUACUCGAACGCAGCGAAUGCAGGUGUCUCGAUUCCGUACCGCACCAUUUCGUUACACGCCAUUCAGACUCUGCCCACGCCAGCAGCAAUCGAGCAACAAGGCGUAUACAUGCAGCUGAUCACAUCUACGGACGAUUCCAUGGGCGAGGACCUCGAGCCUGAAUCUCUCUCUGUGACGAUCGUCCCCACCGCAUCGGCCGCCCCAGCUGUGGCUUCAGAGCACGACCCUGCAGAAGCCAAGCCAGAGCAGACACCGGUGCAGGCCAUGUUCAAUGCGCUGUCGAAUUGCUCCAACCUACAUCCCGAUCCUGUCGAAGAUGAAGAGAGCGGGGACGGCAGCCAUCUGAUCCAGGCGGGCCUCGCGUUUCCAGGUACCACUGAUGGAGGUUUGCCUCCAGCGAUGCCCGGCAGUGGUGGCUGGAUCACAGCGGAGAACAUGCACGAAUUUGUGGACGAGGAUGGGAACUGGAUUGAAGGUCAAGAUGAGGAAGAAGAACAUGAUGGUGAGAAUGAGAACGAGAAUGAGACGCUGGGUGCUGGUGCAGGCAAUGUUCGACCUAGGGACGAUGCUGAAGAUAAAGAGGACGAUGACGAGACUAAAUGGCGACGUACAUCUUAA